AUGAUCUGCUGUCGAUACACCAUCGAAGGAUUGUUCUUGCUGUCCGCACUGGUGCUCGGCUAUGGCAUCCGUCAACACUCCGGCGAUCGGCACGAGGAUUUUGACACUGAAAGUGACACUGAUUCGGAGCUGGUGGACCUCGAAGUGCACCCGAACGGAAGUGCGUUCGAUCUGAGUUUCCGGUUCCGCGACAAUCCGAUCGUGCUGCGGCUGAAACCGAACCAAGUGCUCACCAAACCGGAAUCGAUCUUCGUUGGUGCGGGUCGUGCCACGAAAAUGUUGACCGGUUGGGAGCGUGACAGUGAGCAUUUCGUGCACAGUGAUGGAAACUUCACGGCGGCCGUUUCGCGCGAUGCUGGCGAUAGAUUUACUGGCGUUAUUUUCCACAAUAUGGGGCCGUUGGAGAUACUUCCUUGGGACGGUGUUUCCAGGACCGAGUCACUCGCUGCCAAAUCCUUCCGACAGCCGCAUUUGAUCAGGAGACUAAAACUACAGAAAACACCCGACGUGUCGUAUGAGAUCGUUCGACGAAGGGCGCAAUCCGAGAUUCACCUGCUCGGGGACACGCUCGGGCAGAAAAACUAUUCCUCCAACGAGUUAGAAGUGAUCGAGCUCGUCAGGGAUGUUCGGAAUCGGAGCGCCUUACUCCGUCACGGAACACCAACCGUAGAGUUGGCCGUGUUCUUCGAUGAGGCUGCCUACCGGACCUUCGCUCCGUACUUCAAGCACAGCGAUGGCGCACUGAAGGACUUUCUGCUUGCCUACAUCAACGGUAUUCAAGCGCUGUACCAGCAUCCAUCACUCGGGAUAGGCAUCGACGUUGUGCUGGUUUAUCUGGAAGUAAUGCACAGCCAGCCGGCGGCCAUGCCACACUAUAAUGGCGAGCGAAGCCUGCUGCUAGACUCAUUUUGCACCUACCAAAACACGCUCAACCGGGGCCGCUGGGAUAUGGCUUUGUAUCUCACCGGAUUGGACAUCUACGCCGUGGAGAACGGCCGUCGAAACGGAGCGACGAUGGGUUUGGCGACGGUUGGCGGAGUCUGCUUGAGCGAGUAUGCCUGCGUGAUCGCGGAGUUUGGUGCCCGGAAUGUGUUUGGCAAACCGUAUCCUUCGUCGGGCUUCACUUCCAUCUUCAUAGCGGCCCACGAAAUUGGGCACAAUUUAGGAAUGCAUCACGACUCAGUCGGCAACGGAUGCGCCAAGGAAGGGUUCGUGAUGUCCCCGUCUAGGGGAACGCAGGGCGAAACCACGUGGUCCAGCUGCAGUGCCGAUGUGAUCGCUCAGUUAAAUUGGGCCGCUUGCCUGUUUGAAAGCAACUCGAAGGCUGCACCCGAGUACGAUACCUCGAAAUACUACGGUCAUCCGGGGCAGGUGUGGACCGCUAAGAAGCAGUGCGAAGUGUUGCUUACGGAUGCAGAUGCAAUUCUGGCGUCGUCGGAUCUUCUGGCGAUUUGUCAAAAUACACGAUGCCGUACACCUCACCGAACUGGCUUCUACUUUGCAGGACCCGCCCUGGAAGGCACAGACUGUGGUGACAGUAAGUGGUGCAAGGGUGGCCAGUGUGUGAAGCAGAAGAAAAAACCAGCAAAUGCGGUUCCCGGCGGUUGGAGCGAAUGGAACGACGAGGACUGCAAUUCGGGUUGCCUGCAGCAGUCGAAGGGGUUCAGACAGCGAACGCGACGCUGCGAUAAUCCUCCGCCGAUCAACACCGAUCAAGGCUGCGAAGGAGCUGCAUUCGACGUCGCAGUUUGCGACGAUCGACCGGUGUGUGGCGUAAAUCGAGAACCGGUUCCGUUCUACGCCAGUCGGCGGUGCCGGGAGUUUAGCAAACUGUUGUCCCGGUUGGAUCCGAUUGGUCGCGGUAUACAGGGCCCAUACGAUUCGAAGCGGCUGUGGAUGAGUUGCGCAAUUUACUGUAAACGGGCCGACAGCGACGCUUACUACGCGCCCCGCUUUGACCUGAACGACCUGGGGGUCGAUUCGUACUUUCCCGAUGGGACCCUCUGCUACCAGGACGCGGGAACCAACUACUACUGCCAGCAGCAUCACUGCCUGCCGGAGAACUUCAAAACAUCCAAAAUAUCCAUCUGGACCAUCACCGAGGACAUUCCGGUGGCCGGCAAUGCGCUGCCGAUGAGCUCGCACUUCUUCGACAGUGCGGUGCUGAACUACUUGUCGUUGGACAGAAAUAACGUUCCGCUCACCGGGUCGUGGGGACUCCAGAAGGAACAGCUUCCGAAGGACGACCAGUGGGUUGAUCGGGAUUAUCUCGACUUAACUGACGACUUUCGGGCAGAUCGCCGAAACCAAUCGCAGCAGGAACCAACGUGA